CAAGAAACCGCUUCCUGCAACCGGUGUGCGAUAUGGCAGAGGAGUUUGGGUCAGAUGGCACAGACGCGGCGUCUGACGGACCAUCUGCAUCGACCGAGGAUGAGAGAGGCGAGGCAGGCCCCUCUGGAGGCAUCCCCGAGUCGGCCGAGGACACUGUGACAAGGCAGCCGAAGCUCGACUUGACGGAACGGGUCAAGAGUCUGUGCCCGCUGUAUGACGAGCUCUAUCAGCUGCGCAGUGCUGGGUGGGAUUCUCAGGCGAUGGGGCGGGUCUGGAAGAAGCGGGAUGACCUCUUUGCCACGAGGGCGCAGCGGAAGAAGGAGAACUAUGACCCGGUCCAGUCGUACUAUGAGAUCUAUCAGUCAGGUCAGCAGAGAGAGGAAAGAUGGGCAGAGUGAGUGACAUUUGCAGAUGUGGCUGCCUGCGUGUGUGUGUGGUGGCUGCCUGCAGGCAUGGCCAACAUCUCUGCUGGCGGCCGGGACUGCCGUGAGCUCCCGCAGGAAGCCUCCGUCCUGGAGCUCGGCGCAGCACCAGGUAUACAUUCACACGAACGACCACCCCACCCGCCUCAUACCUCACUGACUGCAAAGGCACGCUGUCUGGCCUGGCUGGCCUCUGCAGGUGGAUGUUGCCGCUUUUGGCACGAGGACUGCCGGGCUUCCCUCGUGACGGCUGUUACUCUGCCGCAAGAGCAGGGCGGAAUUCGCAUGGCCUACCGUCCCCGACGGGGCCUGGUGCUGCUCGAGAGGGACCUGUCCUGCCAAGGCGCGGCUUUUGAUCGGCUGCAGGACGAGCUGCUGGCCGCGCUGCGUCGCAAUGGUGGGGGCGGUGGCAGCCCGAGAGGAGGUGGCGGCCCGAGGAGGGGGAGGGGCGAGGAGGCUGAGGAGGGGUAUGACCUUGUACAUAUCGGCGCGGUUAUCCACCGUGAUCGCGUGAGGGGCAUCGAGGCCGCCGACCACUACCGAGCGCAGACGCUGCUGAGGCGGAAUUGCCUGCGGCUGGCGCUGAGGAUGCUCAAGCCGCGGGGCCACUUACUGAUGAUCCUGAAUUUCGCCUAUACGGACCUGUUGCUCCUGUCGCUGCUGCUGCCGCUCUUCGAGACCUAUCAGCUGUUCCGGUGCGGAAGGCCAGCCAGCACAGCACACGAAUGAAUGAACGGCUUGGCUGACAUGUGUCUGUCUGUCUGUGUGCAUUUGGGCAGAACCAACUUCCGGUGCGCAGGGCAAGGUGGAGCAAAAGGCCGAGGGCACAGCUGAGGGGGGUGUGUGUGUGUGUGUAUGUAUGUGUGAAUGUUGCGGUGGCAGGUUCAACAGUCGCUUUCACAUUCUGCUUCGCGGUCACUGUCUGCCCAAGCGGCGAAAGGACUGGGGGGCCAGGCGCUGCAUGACCUUCUUCCGCGACUGGUCAGAGAACCUUGACGAUUGGCCCUCCAUCUGGUGCUCUGGCGACCGCUUCUCAGUGGUGAGUGGUGGGAGAACCAGACGGGAGGAGAUAACGACCUGCUCAUUGAUCCGUCUGUCUGAUCUGCGUAUGUGUGUGUUGUGCGUCUGCCGUCAGGACGCGGCCAUGGAGGUGUUCGUGAGGAUGCAAGGUGACUUUGAGAAGCUCUGGACGGAUCAGCUGCGGUCGCUACAGUUCCUCAUGCACAAGGCGCACACGGUCAGUCAGCGGUGUGGUGUGCGACACGGCACAGCACAGCACACACUCCCUCCCUCUGUGCGCCUUCACCUCACCUCCCCUUUCAUACCCACCGCUGAUUGCCUGUGUGCAGGCGAGGACUGAAGAGGACGUCACUGCUGCCGCGAUGCUGCUACUGGGAGGUGCAGCAAGCCACCUGUUCACUGACGAGCGAAACAUGGACACCAGCGGCAAGGAUAGCAGCAGGGAUGGGGAGUGGGAUUGGGAGAAGGAGAGGGAGAGCGAAGCCACUCGACGGCCAUGCAACCGCCACGAUUCGGUACCGGGGCGUCCCGACCCCGUGCCCAACUCAUCGAUCGCAUCAACGGCUGCCCGACGGGGAAUGUCACCCUCCUCCAUCUCCCGCCACGACUCUCUCGCCUCGUCGGAGCCGUCAGAGAGGCCGCCGCCCCUUCCCCUUCCUCCUGCCCAUUCUCCGGCGGCGAUCGUUGGUGGUGGCGGCUGGGGUCUGAGGGAGAGGCGGCCGAGGGACAGGGGGAGGAAAAGGGACGGUGAAGAGGACAGGGGGCCUGCUGGGUGAUGAUUGACAGACAGACGCGAGGAAUGCACGGAUUGAGUGCAUCCAUGGCAUGAGGGAUGGGAUAGUGGGUUGAGUUGAGGGCUGCGCGAGGCGAGGGUGCGUGUGUGUCUGACUGACUGAUGGGAUGGAUGGAUGGACCUGCCGUGAGGUGAGUGGGUGGGUGUAUCAUGAAAC